AUGCCUCGUGCGUCAGGCUCUGGCAAGCGACAAUCCGGCGGCGGUCAUCGCGACUCCAGGCAGGACAAUGGAUCUGUAACCUCCGGUAAACGGGGUUCCGGCAGAAAGAGCCAGUCCGGUAAUACGGCAGCUUCUGCUUCUGCCAGGCCGCUCGACAACGGUGCUGCUGUCUCAACCGCCUCGUCGCUUCACAACGGCCACGCCAACGGCCACGCCAACGGCACCGCCGCUGCACCCACCCAUGUCGCUGCCAAGUGUCCCGUAGAUGCCUCCGUUGCCACCCUCGUCGCCGACGACAAGGCCGCCGCCGACGCUGCCAGGAGAGCUUCUCUAGGCGCUGAAUCCGAGUCAUCGUCUGACCAGUUCCACAACGCCGCCACCCACGUCCAAGCCCCCAACGGCAACGCCAACGGCUCGCCCGUCGACAGCUCCCUCAGGCAGAUUGACGUCAAUGUCCUCAAGAACUCAGAGGUCCAUCGCGACUCUGGAAUCCUUGACAUGGCUUCCACCGUCCUCCGGGCUCUUCCUAUGCAAGACACCCUUGCAAUCCUCAUCAUACUCAUGCACAUCCCUACCAUCUCCCUCUUGGGCAUCUACGCCAUCUUUGCCUGCAUCACCUUUGUCCCGCCAGUCAGGACCAACUCGGGCAUGAACCUCAAUCUCGCCGAGAUUUUCGACGGCAACUCCACCACCCCGUCGCUUGUCACUGUCGCCUGUAUGGACAUCUUCUUCCUGCUCAUAUGGCUCUUUCUUUGGGCCCCGAUCCAGGACGCUGUUCUCGACCUUGCCAAGCCGGUCAUUGCCAUUACCCUCGGCGGCGCCACUCGCAACGAUCCAUCUUUUCGUGGUAUUCGUACCGGCUUUACUUGGGUCUUCAUGUAUCACAUUAUUCGUGGAACUCAAUCACAAUGGGGCCAUCUCGUACCCGAUAUGCCCGAGGCCUGGCGCAAGGUUCUGUCCGAGGACACCCCUAUAGGCUACUAUAGCAAGCUCUACGAACAGUCAAGCCCCUAUGCAUGGAUAAGAAGUAUUUUCGCCAUACAUAUAUUAACCCAAAGCUUUCUGCGUUAUGUACGAGAAUGGUAUUUGCGUCGCGAGAAAGGCGACUCCAACCCUCCAAAUCCCAACGAACUAGAAUCCGCCAAAAAUCAGCCCGGCCAACUUGUCGCGCCCGACGCCGCCAAUGACGCCAAUACAAGCUUAAAUCCAGCCGAUACUGCAAUAUCCACGCCCACGCUGCCCCCGCCACCGCCCACGCCGCAGCUGUCCACCGCCAAGAAGAGACGGAAGCAGAGUGCACAGGUCCGCCUGAAGCAGCCACUAUGGGCUGCUCUGGCUAGCACCAAGAUUGUCGUCGUCAAGGAAUAUCAGCUCUCUCACGCGCCAUCCGAGUCCGCCGGCGCCAACGCCACUGACAUUCACAACCUGGGCAAUGCUCCUUUUGACCGCGAGCCGAGGCAGAUUUGGAUAUCCUACAUCGGCAGUGACGAGAUCUGCUUUAACACGAGUUACUUUGCACAUGCCGAAUUCGAGCCCGUUUCGUCUCCCGCGGAACCGGAUCCAGAGGCACCCCCUCGACCGACCGGAAUCGAUACCACCAAGCCCUUCUACGUCAAGGUGAACAAUGCCUUUUGGCAGCCCACGCGCAUGCAUGCCGUCAAGGAACCCGAUGACGAGCCAAGCGAAGCUUCGCGCUGGACUGGAGACAUUUACGGUCUGCGCCCGGCAUCCAAGUAUGUCUGCGAGUUUGUCGACAGCCGCACGGACAAGGUCCUCUUUACCGCCAGCAUUCGCACCGUCAAAGAAGCGCUGCGAUCCAAGGAUGGCUUGUCACCAAUGAUUGCCGAGGGGCCGCAGUCGCUGCGCCCUGAUUCGCCCGUCACCACGCUCAAGACAUCCAUCGAAGCCGCUCAGGUAAAGCUCACGGAGGAGAAGAAUCGCCUCAAAAACUCUCGCAAGGACUGCAAGAUUCGCAUCAACGCGCUCAAAAAGGAAAACGAAGCCACCGACAACCAGCUCGCCACGGCCGGAAACAGCGACGAGAAGCAUCGACAAAAGAUUCGCCAGCAGGACAUUUUGCGUACUCAGGCAGAACGUGAGGCCGAAGAGCUUGCGGAUACUGUCAAACGCUACGACUCGUCUCCAGAGCUCCUUGAAAGGAAGAAAAAGGUCGAACGCACUUGCUCGAUGGAAAAGAAGAUAUUUGACGCUGCCCAGAAGGAAUUCAACAAGCACCGAUCUGAGCUGGAGAGCGAAGUCAAGGCCAAGGAGGUGGAGCGAUCGAACCUCAACACCCGUCGAAACAAGAUCGCGACCCGCAUUGCCAAGGUGGACAAUGAGCUUGUCAAUCUCACUGAUGCCAACAGCCGGGGGCUCAACGAGGCAGAGCGCCGCAAGCAGGAGCGAAACGCCCGCAUGGAAAAUAUUACCGCUAUUGAGCAAAACUACGAGGAACGCAUUCGCAAAGCCCGCGAUGAGAACAACGUCCGUGUCGAUGCGGUCAUCAAUCUCCAGCAGCAGCUUGAAACCAUUCAAUCGACCAUGUCUGCCGGCAAUGGCGUCAUGAUGGAUAAUCUUGAUUCUGGCAUGACACCGUUCCCACCGCCGCAGUCAGCUCCAUGGAAUCCAAGUGCCGGACAAGCUGCCUUUUCCGGUAGCCUCUGGCCUGUCACGUCGGGUGACUUGCAGCCGUCUCUGUCCGGUACUGCGCUUCCUCCAUCUACAAUGGGGUGGCAAGGCCCCGUGACAAUGGCAGCCAACGAGAAUGCCGCAGCGAGAAUGCGCAGCUCUAGUAUGCUAAGCGACGUUAGCGGCUUCACCGGCUCCAGUGAUGGCAGUCCUGAUGCGUCGCCCUUCUUUCCGUACAAUCAGCCGAUUGGAAAGGCUGGCCACGGCCACCGCGGUAUUGGUGCCAACAGAAGCAACGGAAGCAGCGGCAGCGGCGCAGACGGCAGCCCUAUCUAA